AUGCUUCCAUUGUAUCAAAGCACACCACUGUCAUGCAACGGACUUGCUGUCGUGGCCAAUUCCAUGAACCAUGUGGGAGCAAGUCCGUCCUCCACCUCAGCCAUGGCCAAUAUAGCAACCAUGGUCAUCAACAAUUUCUAUCAACAAUACCUUGCCAGGUGUACCCAAGAUCAAGAACAAAUUAAUCAAUUUGCCAAUCAUGUAAAAAUUGCUUAUUUGUGCCGAAAUGUGUUUCCUUACUUGGGGAAUGAUGAUACAAGGGUUGUUCCAUCCACAUCAUCCACCACACGUAAUGAUACCUGCGAUGAUGAGCAAGACCACACGAAUAACUUUGAAGACGACGAUUUUAAUAAUAACGAAGAAGAGGACAGCUUCUUGGACACGAUUAGCCUUCUGAAUUCUAGAAGAAGAACAAAACGCGACCUUGAAACUCUUCAAUUUGAACCAGAAGAAGAAGAAAAGAGACCAGAGCAAUUGCAACAAACUCCCUCAAUUCUCCUCCUCAACCACACAACAUCUGUCCCCAAUCUUAGAAGAUCUUCUGUAGAAUCAUUCUUUGAAUUCGAUCACCUCUGCCAACAAGAAGAAGAAGAACAGCAACAACAUCUCAAUCACAAACACUCUCAUACCAACAAGACUCUUCCUAUUGACUGCACUAGUUUUCUAAACGUCUAUUUUUAUAAGGAAAAGCAGUUAGAAUCUCUAUUUGAACAAGAUCAAGAAGAACAAGAAAACUCACACCACUUGUCUUCUCAUUAUUCCUCCUCCUUAUUUAAAUACACCUCCGAAGCGAGAAAACAACACUAUUUGGAAGAACAAGUCUAUCAUCAGCACCACCAGCACAACAACACAAAACCAGAGAUGGUACAGCCUGUUCCUUCGGGACAACAUCAUCAUCACUAUUCUCGUUCAUCUUCACCUUCCUCCAAAUCUUCUCUCUCCUCGUCAUCCUCAACAACAAGUCAGAGCAAUACUCCAUUUCAAGAGGAUCGCCAACACCACAACAAGCAGCCACAGCAGUGCAGUGUUGCUCUUCCUCAAUCCUCAUCGGGAUCAUCCUUUGGUUUACCUCAAUUUUCAACUGUUCAACCUUCCUUGAUGAACACAACGAAUAACAAUAACAACCAUCUAAAAUUUCCUCAACAACCAACCGUCAUGCCCAACCAAGUCAACAUGAUGAAUCCACAAUCCACGUCAUCCUUUGCAUUUCCCUAUUAUUUUCCAACUGCAACACAACAACAACAACCUCAAGCAUAUGCACUUUUCAAUGCUCCGCAACCACAACCACAAGUAUUAGCACCAUCCAAUACUACCGCAAAUCCGUCCUUGUCCACUACUACUACUAGUACUCCCUCUUCAACAUUGUCAUCUUCCUUGCAGCUGGAAACACAACCUCCUCAAUCUCAAGAUCAAGCUAUGAAUAGAAAUUUCAAUCAAAAAAAAUUGAGUCCAAACAUCACAACAACAACAUCAACGAACGAAAAUAGCAACCAGGUUGUUCAAUCUGGGAAUAACAAGUACGCGUACACUUCUGGUUUUGAUCAACAAAAUAACAUACUUGCAAAUCCUUCACUGCAACAACAAGUAAUGACUGCUGCUGGAUCCCAUGUGGAAAAGAAUAUUUCUAAAGAAGCACAAUGGCUGUUAAGGAACAUGAAUCAACAACAAGCAACAAAUACUAUCAGCAUUCCGCAAAGUAUUUCAAAGAAUGAAAACAAGCAACACAGUAAUCACGAUACUAAUAAUAAUUUUGCAGGUUUAGCAAAAUUCUGGUCUGAAAAUAUUGGCACAGGAACUGGUGAACAAGGAAAUGCAAACAAUAAUACUACUAAUAGUGUCACAUCAGGUCUUUCAGAUAUUAAGGAGUUGAACACACCAAUGAUUGAGAACUUAUUGAGAAUAUUUAAUACAACUCAAAAUAAUGGAAACGAGUCCAAAACAGUUGGUCAUGAUCAACCAAAUGUGCCACCACAAUUCUCCAAUAAUUCACUCUUUGAUACUUCCGCCAACCUUAAUAACAACCAAUCCAAAAAUAAUAUUCAUGAAAAACAGAAAAGUUCAGACACAGGUGGCACCGAAUCGAAAGUUCUCAUGAUCGAUCCAACCAAAACUGCUCCCCAUCAAAUGGUCUCUGACUACAAUAAUGAUGAAAGCUCUUCACACAGCAUUUCGAGAAGCAGCUCAGGCAGUAUGGCUAGCGAUGCAGGUCGUAGCAACAUUUCUUCUUCGAGCGCAACGAGUGGACAUCAUUUCGGUAGAAAUCAUGGAAAUGGCAACGAGGAUCGUUCAUGGAAAGUGCUUUAUCAAGACUCAUCUUAUGGUGGUGACAAUGCAUUGAUCAAACGACCCUCAUUCAAACUCAAGACAAGAACAGACAAUAUCAUGGAUCAAAUUCCACCCAUUCUCUAUUCGAGUCUCAAAUAUCAAUUCAAUAUUGCAGUCUUUCUGAGUACUGAAAAAGCAACUCAACUACUCAUGAGUCAUAAGGAAACUUUGGAAAGUAUCAUGCACGCUUCUGCCAUGAGCUUGGGUGGAUUUGUGAUUGCCACAAUCGAAACAGCAUUGGUUGGACCGGUUGAAGAAAUGGAACAAGAAGAGGAUGAUGAAUUACUCUCACUCGUGAGGGAGGAAGUGAAUCCAACUCGAAAAAUUUGUAAUGGCGUUCUGAAUGGAGACACACAGCUUGCAUUGCAACCCAUUGAAGCGAUUGAAGCAACGGAGGCCAAAGCAUUCAAACCAUUCCUCUAUCAAUUGAAACAGGAGAUUAAAGAGUAUGAACAAGCAAACUCAAUGGAUGCCCACAAAUGGUCAUGUGUUCACAACAAAACAAAAAUUCAAUUCACAGAUUUACCAUUCCAUAACAAGAAGAGUUCUUUUGUGAUGAGAGUUUGCUUUUACUUGAAUCAUGAAUUUAAGGAACGAAAACCAAUUCUCAUCAUGGAGAGCGCACCUUUCAAGAUAUUUGCAAGAAGAAACAAGAAGAGUUAUGCAACAGGUGCAGUCAUGACAGGAGCUCUGAAGGAAGAAGAUGCCUCUCAACAGCCAUUACCAACAACAAGCAUCUCUAACAUUUCUUCAAAUGUACCCACUUCGUCCUCCUCCAAGCAAGGUGCAACCGUUUCAAACAAGCGAAAAAGAGAGGAAGUCAAAAAGAAAUCGAAAAAGGUCAAAAAAACUCUCGAACCAGAACAGGAAAGAGAAACACUUUUGCAAUUCGAGAGUGAGUUAAUUUCACUCAUGAGGAUUUUGGAUUCCAUUAAGGACAGAUCAGAACAUCAAGCAGCCGUUCGCUCUUUUAUUCAAAAUCUGGUUGGUCCUGAAUUGGCACAACAAUACAUGUCACACUUGAGAGGAAAAUAUUCUUUGGAUCCUUCCCUCAUGCAGUUGCCAUCUACCCUUCCUAAUUUGUACACUACUGAAAUGCCCUCUCCUGGUGUCUCAACAUUGCAAAAGAAAUCCAAAGCACCUUUCGCUUCCAAUCUCUCUGUAGAUACCAAGUCGUUAGGCAAGUUGAAUCUCAUGCAAGCAGCUCGACUCAUUCCACCAACAUUGGAUGCAAAUCAACAACAGCAGCAGCAACAAUUCUUACAGCAAGCACCCUUUUUGAAUCCAGCAACUCUCGCAUUUCACCCACUUGUAAAUAUACCAAAUUUAGCUUCCUCAACUUUGGCUCCACCUCAACAACCUUUCUUGAGUGGUAUGAAUACCGCUACUACCACCAUACCAUCGUUUAACAUUCAGCCAACCUCUUCGUUGUAUUCGGGCUCAACAGUUCCUGCCACAACAACAAGUUCUAACCUUCCAUCAUCCUUGUCCUCCACCUCUGUACCGACUGCAGCGCUCCAAAAGACUUCUGUUCUGCCUCCUUCACAAGCAAGCAAUGACAUGAUGCAAUCCAUUGGACAACAAAACGUUCUCGAGUUAAUAAGCCCAUCUUACCAAAGUUCGUCACUAUUUGAUUUCACACGGUCUCCAACUGGAUUUGGAAAUAUUUCCACACCGAGAUUUUCCUCAACAACCACGUACAGUCCUCUAGGUAUGAUGCCUUCCUCAACAAGUAAGGGAGCAGCAACAUCAACAGCUGGAUUCUUGCAAUCCCCAUCCACACAACAACAACUACAAGGAGCCACUACAUCCCCAUCCACACAACAGCAACCACAAGGAGAGGCACGUGACACAUCGGGCAUUCGACCUCCAAAUCUUAUUCAAAUUCUUCAACCUCAAAACAAAAUUGAUUUCAACAAGUUGAAGAGUACGAAUACAUCAACAAGUGACACCUCGUUUAUGAAUGAUUAUCUUUCAGAGUUAUUGGAGGACAAUGCAAAUAGUAAUAACAUCUUGUCACCUAUAAAUCUAUUUGGAACUCCCACAAGUGCCAAUCUAGGAUCAGAUUUACCAAGCUUUAAUUUCUUUGAAAGAAACAGUCAAUCGAGCAACAAUACGAACAAUAUCAAUGCAAACACCGGUCAACAACAGCAACAGCAAUCAGAAAGUGAAUUGCAAGAUCCGCUCACACCCAAGACAUUGGCAUUCCUCACACAAUCAAAACUGGUGUAG